AUGCUGCGCCUCCUCGUCGCCGCGCUCUGCCUGCGCGGCGCCCUGCCGGCGGGCCCGUCGCUCCUCGAGGCGCACGAGCACAACGCGCCCAUCGUCUACUCGCUGGACGCGUCGCCCGGGCUCGUGGACCACGCCUUCUCCGCCGUCGCGUCGCUGUCGAGCGUCGUCCACGCGUCGGCGAACGCGACGGCGCUGCGGUUCGCGUUCGUGCUGACGAUCCCCGAGGCGUCGCUCGACGAGUUCACGGCCGCGCUCUGCGCGACGAUCAUCAGCGCCGUCGGCCGCGACCUGCACCGGCCCGGGCUCCCCGUGUGCGCGCGGCGGAGCCUGGCGGCGUUCCUCGCCUCCGGCUCCGACGGGUCGUGCGCGGCCGCGGGAAACGCGGCGCUCCCCGCGCGCGUGACCUUCGUGCACUUCCCCCAGCACGCCGGCGACUACCCGGGCCGCGUGCAGCGCGUCCUCGAGCUCCUCUGCUGCAGCCAGCACCGCUACGCCGUCGACCGCCCGGAGCUCGCGCGGUCCAUGGGCAACCACGCGCGCUUCUUCGCCUACCUGGCCCUGCUCCCCCUGGGCGUGCGCCGCGCCAUGUUCCUGGACGUGGACACGCUCGCCCACGACGACGUCGCGCCCCUCAUGGCGUCGCCGCUCGACGAGCAGAAGUUCGUCGCGGCCGCGAAGCGGUGCGCGCCGAAGCGCGCGGCCUACAAGCCGCGCUUCAAGUUCAGCGACCCCCUCGUGGCCGAGUUCGGCCUCCGCCUUGCUUCCACGUCGGCCGCGGCGUCUGUCGCGGGCGCCGCAGGGGGCACCGCGUCCGUCGCCGCGGGCUACGGCUUCAAUGGUCCGAACGGCGCGAACGCGUCUGCUGCGGGCCACGCGUCCAUCGCCGCGGGCUACGGGUUCGGCGGCGCGAACGGCGCGAACGCGUCUGCUGCGGGCCACGCGACCGUCGCCGCGGGCUACGGGUUCGGCGGCGCGAACCAGAUGAGCGCGUCUGUCGCGGGCGCCAUAGGGGGCCCCGCGUCCAUCGCCGCGGGCUACGGCUUCAACGGCCCGAACGGCGCGAACGCGUCUGCUGCGGCGUCUUUGGGGGGCCACGCGUCCGUCGCCGCGGGCUACGGGUUCGGCGGCGCGAACCAGAUGAACGCGUCUGUCGCGGGCGCCGCAGGGGGUGCCGCGGCCGUCGCCGCGGGCUACGGGUUCGGCGGCGCGAACCAGAUGAACGCGUCUGCCGCGGGCCGCGCGUCCGUCGCCGCGGGCUACGGGUUCAACGGCCCGAACGGCGCGGACCCGGCCGCCGCAGCCCGCGCAAUGCGCGGCAAACCGCGGAAGUUCGUCAAGUGCGGCCACUGCGGGCACAAGAAGCACCAGAAGACGAGCACCUGCCGUUACCGCCACGUGACAUGCAAAAAAGCCAACAAGCUCAUCGCCCGUGAGCGCGCCGAGCGCGCGGCCAACCGCAACGACACGGACGACGACGACGACGACGACGAUCUAGUCGUCGCCCCCCCGCCCGAGUCCGACGCCGCGGGCCGCUCGGGCGGCCCCCGCCCCCCACCGCCGCCGCCGCCGCCGCCGGGCGCCGCCUCCGCGUCGGGGAAGCUCGGCGGCGCCGGCAACCUCGCCGGAUGGCUCAUCCGGAGCCACUAG